GUAUCGGUAUCGGUAUCGAUGCCAAUGAUAUCAACGACACACUAAUAUUUGAUAUGAACAAUGAUGACCAACACCAUUAUGAACUGACACAUGAAACCAUGUUUAUAGUGAUAGUGUCGGUAUUGUUGGGUAUACUGACGCUGACCACUGUUAUCGGUAACGUGUUUGUCAUAGCGGCGGUAUUAAUGGAGCGUAACCUGAGAACAGUAGCCAACUAUUUGGUGCUAUCGCUGGCAGUGGCCGACCUAAUGGUGUCGUGUUUGGUGAUGCCAUUGGGCGCAGUGUCCGAAGUGACCCAACAAUGGACAAUGGGUCGCGUGCUGUGCGAACUAUGGACAGUACUCGACGUGUUGUGCUGUACGGCCAGUAUUUUACACCUAUUGGCCAUUGCUAUCGAUCGUUAUUGGGCCGUAACUAACGUCGAUUAUAUACACCAACGAAAUGCCCGUCGCAUCGGACUUAUGAUUGUCAUUAUUUGGUCGGUUGCGGCCAUCGUAUCGGUUGUGCCGCAGUUCGGUUGGAAAGAUCCGGAUUUUGUGGCCAGAAUUGAAAAUGAAAAACGAUGUCUAAUAUCGCAAGAUAUUGGUUAUCAGAUAUUUGCCACAAUCGCUACAUUUUAUGGUCCACUUGUCUUCAUAUUAGCGCUCUAUUGGAAAAUAUUUCAGGUUGCUAGAAAACGGAUAAGAAGAAAACCGGGUAAACUAACGGUGCGACCUAUCAGUAAUCUGCAGACACCGCGACUAUUAGCUCCCAGUCCUUCCACACAGAAUAUCAAUUGUAUUAAUGACGAUAUGGUUACCAUUAACUCCGAUGAUAUGACCACCGAUAUAGAGCUAAAACAAAUUAAAGAAAAUUUAAGUCCUAAUAGGAUAACUAACGUCACAACAAACGGUGCCAAUAAAAGUCCGAGCAUUAGGCCGUCACCACUGGCCAGUCCUACCGGUCAACAAAAUCAUAAAAACAUUUCAAAUAUCGAAACCCAACUCAAGUCACUAAAAAAAGUGGGAAAUAGAGAGUCAUUAGAAUCGAAAAGAGAGCGAAAAGCGGCCAAAACAUUAGCUAUAAUUACAGGUGUAUUUGUCAUAUGUUGGGCGCCAUUCUUCGUGUUGGCCGUACUGAUGCCUAUAUACCCGUCAAUGGAGCCAAACAAGUAUGUGGUCAGUGGUAUACUGUGGUUAGGUUAUCUCAAUUCAUUGCUUAAUCCCAUCAUAUAUACCAUAUUCAGUCCCGAUUUCCGGAACGGUUUUCGACGCAUAUUAUGCGGCAAACGUUACGCCAACCGGAGGGCCGUUAAUCGAUAA